CUUCCAUUUCCGCCACCGCCGACGACGAGUACCAUGGACGUGACCAUCAUGUGCCAGGUGUGCAACCACCCGAACGACAUGCUCACGCCCGUGUGCGUCAGCGACAACUGCGGCGAUGCGCUGCCGGGCUUUGACAAGAAGAUCAAGAUUUUGCUUCGGCGGCUCGACCAGUUCAACAAGGCCCACGCCGCCGCCGGCAGCGUCGCCGACAACAGCAACACAUCAAUGCUCGUCCAGACGCUCCAGCACGAGCUAGAGGUGACGAAGCAGCGCGCGGCCGAGCUCGAGGCCGAGCUCAACACCGUCACGGAAGCGCUCGCGGACGCAUCGAUGCACCGGCGCGGGACGUUGGCCCACGUUGGGUCGAGCUCCGACAUGGAUGCGGAGCGCAAGCGUCUCGCCGAGGAGCGCAAGGAACUCGACACGAUGCGCCGCCUCUUCACGUCGCUGCAGACGAUCCCGUACAUUGAUCUCUCGCAGUUCCGCUAUCAGGAGCGGCUGCCGGGCGGCGGCAACUUUGAGUUCCAAGUUGGUCUCUUUGACGGCAAGCGCACGGUGCUCAAGAAGCUCGUGCGCAACGGCCUUGGCGACGACGUCAUCGAACACUUCAAGUCGUCCAUCUCGCUCAUGGCCAAGUUGGACGGGGCGGGCGGCACGGUUGUGACGCUCUAUGGCGCAUCGGGCCUCGGCCAAGCGUCGCCCAUGAUGUACAUGGAGCACAUGGAGCGCGGCGAUCUGCGCAGCUUCCUGCACACGACGAGUCCGAGCGCCGUGUCGUGGAAGACGCGCCUCGAGAUCGCGCUCAACGUCUCCAAGGCCAUCGCCAAGAUGCACUCGCUCGACUUGAUCCACCGCGACUUGAGCAGCUACCAUGUGCUUUUGAACGAGCGCAACGUGGCCAAAGUCACGGGCUUCUCGAGCGCGCGCGAGAAGGACCUCGAGCAGAUGAUGACCAACGGAGUCGGCGACUUUCGGUGGGCGGCGCCGGAAACCAUGAACGGGUCGGGGCACUACUCGGAGACGGUCGACAUCUACGCGCUCGGGCUCCUCCUCAUAGAGCUCGACACGCACGCGGUGCCGUACUCGUCGUACAAGGACAGACAGGGCCGGUACCUCGGCGACUAUAUGCUCAUGGACGUCAUCCGCAACGCCGUGCCAGGCCAGACGACGAUCACGCACACGUUUGCGAGCGCGCCGCUGUGGUACCAGGACCUCGCGCUGCGCUGCGUGUCGCUCGACCCGAACGGCCGGCCGUCCGCGGUCGACGUCGUCACCGAGCUCCAAAAGCAGCUGCGCGAAGGCUCGUACGACAACGUCCGAUCGAUUCGCCGGCUCCAGAAGCCGCCGCCGGUGCUCAACGCCAAGAUCUCGGUCGUCCGCGCCAAGAACCUCCUCGACACGCAGGCGUUCGGCGUGCAAGACCCGUACUGCCGCCUCAGCCUCGGCGGGCGCCUUGCCAAGACCAAGGUGCACGACAACGGCGGGUGCGACCCCAAGUGGUCGCAGACGUUCCCGUUCAACAACGUGCACCCGAUCGACAUGAUCCUCGAGAUCAACAUCAUGAACAAGAACUUACUCUUCGACGGGCAGAUUGGCAAGGUGACCGUGCCGCUCGAAGAGACGCUCGAGAAGAUCGACGCCGAAAACGUCUACGUCGGGUGGUCGCCCGUCUUUAGCCGCGGCGAAAUGAAGGGCCACGUGCUUCUGCGCUUCGAGUAUGAAGGCAGCGUGGCCAGCUGGCUCGAGGCGUACGCCGCCGAGAUGUCGCUGUUCCACGGCGUCGAGGGGCAUGUCCGCGACAUCCGCCAGGACGAAGUCGUCAUGAAGAAGGUCACCGAGAUCUUCUUGCCCCGGCUCAAAGACAUUGCCGCGGCCGUUGCCAACGUUGCGGGCAAGGCCGCCUAAGCCUAUCCAAUUUAUGUCAUUUCUCCAUCCCA